AUGAAGUCGCUCAAGAUGAGCAAGGUGCUAGACACCAUAAGAAAGAAGAAUACAAGCGAUGGUGCCGGUCCCUCUGUCACUAUUGAAGGUGAUGGUCCUGAAGCUACGGCUGCUCGCUGCGUGAAAUCCUUCUGCGAAUCUAACUCUAGCAAUGCCGGAGACGAGGUCCUCUACUUGCCCCCCAUCGUUGACGCUGCCGAGUCAUCCCCUGCCGCUGCAGCAGAAUGCGCACGCUUGAUUCGGAAAUAUCUGAAAAGGGACUACUGGACGAAGCCCUCGUACCAAUACAAUGCCAUCAUGCUCAUACGCAUCCUCGCCGACAACCCCGGCCAAACAUUCACGAGAAAUCUCGACCAGAAGUUCACCGAUACGACGAAGGAGCUACUAAGAUCAGUUCGCGAUCCAAGCGUACGCCAGAUGAUGAUGGAAACGUUGGACUCGUUUGAGAACACUAAGGCAUACGAUGAAGGUCUAACCCUUCUAAUCGAAAUGUGGAAGAAGGAGAAGGAUAAAGCGCAACGACAAUAUGGUGGACGCAAUCCGCAGCCCCCAGUACCGCGGACUCUUAAUGCGCCACCGUUUGACUCGCACUCGCAGAACUACUUCGCGCGAAGCCAUUCGAACCGCAAGCUCCCGAACCCUGUUGAGUUGGCGAGUAGGCUAGAGGAAGCACGGACAUCUGCGAAAUUACUGCAACAAGUGGUUACCAACACGCCACCCGUCGAAGUGCUCAGCAAUGACCUCAUAAAGGAGUUUGCUGAUCGCUGCACAAGCGCAAGUCGAAGUAUACAGAUGUACAUGACCGCCGAGGAUCCGGCUCCUGACAACGAUACGAUGGAGAGCCUGAUCGACACCAACGAGCAACUCCAAGCCUCACUCAGCUUGCACCAAAGAGCAAUGUUAAAUGCAAGGAAGAUUGUUGCCGUCAUGGACCCUCAGCCUGAUCAUCCAGAGUCCGUGAGUCCCGUGGAGUCGGAACAGAACGGGCUAGGCUUGGAGGCCCCACCCGUUCCAUCUCGAAAAGCGAAUGGCAAGGGUAAAGAAAGGGAAUACGAGCCCGCUAUAGCGGGUCCUUCAAGGACGCACACGCCUGCUACGGAAGAUGACCCGUUCAGGGAUCCUGAGCCCGACCACUCGGGAUCGAGGACUCACGGGGUCGGCGGCUCAGGAUCCGGCACCGGAGCAUCUUCUAACUAUAUUGAAGAGCCUCGGCUAGCGUUCGAACCAUUCCACCCAGGUUUUGAUAGCACGCCGAGCUACGUGGGCAGGCAGGAGAGUGCUCUCGGAAAGGAGACGAUGCAUGGAGCCGCAGGAAAUUCUUCGUCGAGCGCCCGAGAAUCCCGGGAUGGCGACGAGAGUAGUGAUAUCUAUGACGCCACGCCUUCGAAGCAGCAGGAGCCGAUAUACCGGUAUUGA